GGAGGCCGCGGCCGCCAUGUUGUUGUGGGGCUGAGGCGGCGCCGGCAAGAGCCGAGCGCCCUUGACAGGCUACGCAACAGGUUCGCUGGCGGCGGCCUGACGACCGGCCCCGGGGGCGGCGGCGGCGGCGGCGGCGGCGGCCGAGCAGGGUCUCCGGCGGCCCGCCCGCGCGCGCGCGCGUUGCCGGUGCCGAGGAGCGCGGGGUCGCGCCGUGACGUGCGGGAGGCGCGGCGCCAGAUGGCUGAGAGCUAGCGAGGAGAAUCCGGGACCAUGAUGGCUCAGUUUCCUGCAGCCUUGAAUGGAGGGCCAAAUAUGUGGGCUAUCACCUCUGAAGAACGGACUAAACAUGAUAAGCAGUUUGACAACCUGAAGCCUUCAGGAGGUUACAUAACAGGUGAUCAAGCCCGCUCUUUUUUCCUACAAUCAGGUCUGCCAGCUCCUGUUUUAGCUGAAAUAUGGGCUUUGUCAGACCUGAACAAGGACGGGAAGAUGGAUCAGCAGGAGUUCUCCAUAGCUAUGAAACUCAUCAAAUUGAAGCUUCAAGGCCAACAGUUACCCAUGGUUCUCCCUCCUAUUAUGAAACAGCCUCCAAUGUUCUCUCCAUUAAUUUCUGCGCGUUUUGGGAUGGGAAGCAUGCCCAACCUGUCCAUUCCUCAGCCUUUGCCUCCAGCGGCACCCAUGGCAGCACCCUUGACGUCUGCGACUUCAGGGACCAGCCUUCCUCCCUUAAUGAUGCCUGCUCCCCUAGUGCCUUCUGUUAGCACCUCAUCAUUACCAAAUGGGACCCCUAGCCUCAUUCAGCCUCUGUCCAUUCCUUAUUCAUCCUCAACAUUGCCUCACACAUCAUCUUACAGUCUGAUGAUGGGAGGAUUUGGUGGUGCUAGCAUACAGAAGGCCCAGUCGCUGAUUGAUUUAGGAUCUAGUAGUUCAACUUCCUCAACUGCAUCACUCUCAGGGAAUUCACCCAAGAUGGGGCCCUCCGAGUGGGCAGUUCCUCAGCCUUCAAGAUUAAAAUAUCGGCAGAAAUUUAAUAGUCUUGAUAAAAGCAUGAGUGGAUACCUGUCAGGUUUUCAAGCCAGAAAUGCCCUUCUUCAGUCAAAUCUUUCUCAAACUCAGCUGGCUACUAUUUGGACUCUGGCAGACAUUGAUGGUGAUGGGCAGCUGAAAGCCGAGGAGUUCAUCCUUGCCAUGCACCUCACUGACAUGGCCAAAGCUGGACAGCCGUUGCCACUGACUUUACCGCCAGAGCUUGUCCCUCCGUGCUUCAGAAGUGUGAAACAAAUUGAUUCCAUUAAUGGAACUUUGCCUUCAUAUCAGAAAAUGCAUGAAGAGGAACCUCAAAAGAAAUUGCCAGUUACUUUUGAGGACAAGAGGAAAGCCAACUAUGAGCGGGGGAACAUGGAACUGGAGAAGCGACGGCAAGCCCUGAUGGAGCAGCAGCAGAGGGAGGCGGAACGGAAAGCCCAGAAAGAAAAGGAAGAGUGGGAGCGAAAACAGAGAGAAUUACAGGAACAAGAGUGGAAAAAACAGGUCGAAUUGGAAAAACGCUUGGAGAAACAGAGGGAAAUGGAGAGACAACGGGAGGAAGAAAGGAGAAAAGAGAUAGAAAGGCGAGAGGCAGCAAAACAAGAGCUUGAACGACAGCGCCGUUUAGAAUGGGAGCGAAUUCGUCGACAGGAACUUCUCAGUCAGAAGAAUAGAGAACAGGAAGAAAUUGUCAGGCUCAGCUCUAAGAAGAAGAGUCUUCAUCUUGAGUUAGAAGCACUGAAUGGCAAACAUCAACAGAUCUCAGGCAGACUUCAAGAUGUCCGACUCAGAAAGCAGACUCAGAAGACCGAACUGGAAGUUCUGGAUAAGCAGUGUGACUUGGAAAUUAUGGAAAUCAAACAACUCCAACAAGAAUUUCAGGAAUAUCAAAAUAAACUUACCUAUCUGGUACCUGAGAAGCAGUUAUUAAAUGAAAGAAUUAAAAAUAUGCAGCUCAAUAACACACCUGAUUCAGGGAUCAGUUUACUUCAGAAAAAAUCAUUAGAAAAGGAAGAAUUAUGCCAAAGACUUAAAGAACAAUUAGACGCUCUUGAAAAAGAAACUGCAUCUAAGCUAUCAGAAAUGGAUUCAUUUAACAAUCAACUAAAGUGUGGGAGUUUGGAUGACUCUGUUCUUCAGUGCCUUUUGUCUCUGCUAAGCUGUCUCAACAACCUCUUCCUCUUACUUAAGGAACUGAGAGAAAGCUAUCAUACACAACGGUUAGCCCUUGAACAGCUUCAUAAGAUCAAACAUGAUAAGUUGAAGGAAAUUGAAAGAAAAAGAUCAGAGCUAAUACAGAAAAAGAAACUAGAAGAUGAGGCCACAAGGAAAGCAAAGCAAGGAAAAGAAAACUUAUGGAAAGAAAGUCUUAGAAAGGAGGAAGAAGAAAAACAGAAGCGACUCCAGGAAGAAAAAACACAAGAAAAAGUUCAAGAAGUAGAACGUAAAGCUGAGGGCAAAAAAAGUGAAACACAUAAUGCUUUGGUGAAUUAUAGAGCAUUAUAUCCCUUUGAAGCGAGGAACCAUGAUGAGAUGAGUUUUAAUUCUGGGGAUAUAAUUCAGGUUGAUGAAAAAACCACUGGAGAACCUGGUUGGCUUUAUGGUAGUUUUCAAGGAAAUUUUGGUUGGUUUCCAUGCAAUUAUGUAGAAAAAAUACCAUCAAAUGAAAAAACUGGAUCUCCUAAAAAGGCCUUACUUCCUCCUACAGUAUCAUUAGCUGCUACCUCAACUUCUUCUGAACCACUUUCUUCAAAUCAACCAGCAUCACUGACUGAUUAUCAAAAUGUAUCUUUCUCGAACCUAAAUGUCAACAUAUCAUGGCAGAAAAAAUCGGCUUUUACUCGCACUGUGUCCCCUGGAUCUGUGUCACCCAUCCAUGGACAGGGACAGGUUGUAGAAAACCUAAAAGCACAGGCCCUUUGUUCAUGGACUGCAAAGAAAGACAACCACUUAAACUUCUCAAAACAUGACAUUAUUACUGUCUUGGAGCAGCAAGAAAAUUGGUGGUUUGGAGAGGUGCACGGAGGAAGAGGAUGGUUCCCAAAAUCUUAUGUCAAAAUCCUUCCUGGGAGUGAAGUGAAGCCGGAAGAACCGGAACCUGUGUAUGCAGCUGUCAACAAGAAACCUCCCUCUGCAGCCUACCCAGUUGUAGAAGAAUAUAUUGCACUUUAUCCAUACUCGAGUGUAGAACCUGGAGAUUUGACUUUCACUGAAGGUGAAGAAAUACUGGUCACCCAGAAAGAUGGAGAGUGGUGGACAGGAAGUAUUGGAGAUCGAACUGGAAUUUUUCCAUCAAACUACGUCAGACAAAAAGAUCAAGAGGGUUUCGGGAAUGCUACCAAGUCUGGAACAUCAAACAAAAAACCUGAGAUUGCUCAGGUAACAUCAGCAUAUGUUGCUUCCGGCUCUGAACAACUUAGCCUUGCACCAGGGCAGCUGAUACUAAUUCUAAAGAAAAAUGCAAGUGGGUGGUGGCAAGGGGAGUUACAGGCCAGAGGGAAAAAGCGACAGAAGGGAUGGUUUCCUGCCAGCCAUGUUAAACUUCUGGGGCUAAGCAGUGAAAGAACCGCGCCUGCCUUUCAUGCCGUGUGCCAGGUGAUUGCCAUGUAUGACUAUGUCGCAAACAAUGAAGAUGAGCUCAAUUUCUCCAAGGGACAACUGAUCAAUGUAAUGAACAAAGAUGAUCCCGACUGGUGGCAAGGGGAAAUCAACGGGGUGACUGGUCUCUUUCCUUCCAACUACGUCAAGAUGACAACAGACUCAGAUCCAAGCCAACAGUGACCCAAUGUUGUCUUCCAGUUGUGAAAGCACCCCAGAGACCCACUAUCCAAGUUUGACUCUAGCGUGGAGGCAGGGCCGGCAGCCCUGAUCAAAUAUCUCCUACACAAUUCAUUUACUUCGUUCGAAUGUUAGAGCCACUUGUGAUUAUUUCUCUGUGUUUCUGAUUUAGUUAAAAUUUAUUUGUAAUAAGUUAAAGGAUAGUGGGUCUUUGUGUGGCUUUCCCUGCUGUUCACUCUGGCACCUUUAGCAUUUUUUCUUCUUUUCUGAUUCGGUAACUGUAGGUCAUUAGCAUGCAUAUUGAGUUUGCCCUUACAUGGUGGGAGUUCAAACACACAAAGACCCACUAUUUGCACAAACUUUUCUUGCUGGUUUGGAAUGGGCUGCAAUGCUUUUCUGAUGUUAUUGCAACAUGUAUAUUCGUUACAGAAUUCAGGUAAAGUUUGCUUAUGUUCUGCUGCUAUGUUUGAUCUAAUCCUAAUCCCCAUGAGCUCUUGGCUUAAUAUGUGAUUUGCCCUCAAAUAUGCACUGUUAAUUAUUUUCUAAAAUGCCACUAUGGGUACCAAUAUUUAGAUUUAGUUAAGGGCCAAGAACUGGAAAUUACCUUUCCUCUUUAUUCUGUUUUUGGGAUGAGAACAAUGCCCCGGGGGAAUGGGGCAUUUCUUGCAGAAGCAAGAUGUGGCCUGCUGGGGUGGCUGGGCGGAGUAAGAUCUGCUUGGUCUGUUGCGCCUGCCCCCACAUGAGCACUGGGCCUUGACAAUCCCUUUGGGGUUGAAGGCUGCUCUGAACAAAUGAAGAUUCAGCAUCACAUGCUGCUGAAUAGUUGUUCCUGUUUUAGUGACAACAUAAAAAUGGGUUCUUUUUCAGAAGUGAAAGGCUCCCAUCCUUGAGUAUGACUUAGGAAGCCUUCCCCAGCUUAAAGUCAGAAUUCAUGCAACCUGUUUUAAUCAUGUCCCAGCACACAAAAAGAGACUGGGUGACACUCUCGACAUAGUUAGCAAGGAUGAUAAGAUCCUUCGAGGAUUUAAAUGCCCCUGAAGCAGACACACAAACUGUAGUCUGUAGCAGCUCUGAGGGAAGGGAGGACGUGUCCGUGAAACCCCAUGUGUAGGAAGCUCCUUGAAAGCUAGAAGACUGAUAUGCUAUCCAGACUUCUCUGGCUAAUGCCAACUUGUCAACCACAUUGGCUGUUUUGGCAUGUGAUUUUAUCUCUUUUCCAUGGCUGGAAAACACUUUAGAUAAAACAGAUAUCCGCACAUAUCUGAGCGUACUUAGCUGAAGCAAAUAAAGGGAUUUUAGUAGACAGUAUUAAACUAUAUUUAAAAAUCAGUGAGAAGUUUGUGCAAUUACAAAUGUUUACAAACUGCAGUGCAAUCUACUGUUAGUGAAUGAAUGUAAAGGUGUUAUCAGGAAGUUUUCAUACAAUCACAGUCUAUUUCCUCUCCGAGUUCUCUGAAGAAGAGUGAAGUAUGUUUUGAUACCUCUCAGUUGAAGUUAGAAGUGUAUUUUGUGCAAUAUUGAUGUUAAUGUGCCUAUACAUUAUGAAUAAAUUUUUCAGUGGGACAUGCCUAAAUUAUAACUUUACAGCACCUGAGAACCAAUCAGUAAUUUAGCUAACAUUGGCAGAGUUCAGAUGUCUGCACUCCAGCAUGCUUCAGAUUGUGUAGCUCUAGGGAGAGCCGUCUGUGUGCUCCCUGGGAUGAGAAUUCUGCCAGCUAGGACACCUCCGUUGUCAGCAUUGGACAUCACAUGAUCCUUUAUAGAGUAAGUAUAACAUUAAUAGGAAGGCAGUAAGACCAUUUUAUAGGUAGAAUAAUAGAUUUGCUUAGUCACUGAAAAAAACUGUGCAAAAAUUGGGCCUUUGUAAAUUUAACUGACUUUUCCAAAUUGUAUGAAUUACCUGACUUCUUAUUUCCUGAACUUUCUGCUUUUUUACCAAAGCUUCAGUUUGGGUUCAGAUUAAGGGCAGUUACAUUAAAUCGAUUAUCCACCCCAAGAUUAGCUACCAAACCAUUGUUAAUUAGUUGUAUUAUUUAGAAUAGCAUUUCAUCUUUAUAAUUUUGAAUUUGGACCUAUUUAAUAUACUGAUAAGUUAUUCCAAAGAUAUUUUUAUAGCUCAAACCGCCUCACUUUUACAGUGAUAGUUUGUUAGAAUGACAGAGUUUUCGCAUCUGUAAUCUGUCUAAAAAUAUGUGAAACAGGUACCUAUGGAUUACAUUUAUACAGGCAUAUUUAAGCUGAAUGUCAAUCUUUAGCAUAGAUUUAUUCUGUUAAAUGAAACACCACCCUGUAUGAGUAUUUUGUCAUAUAUUUCAAAGAAAGCUGGAAAGAAAGGGCACUGUAUGACAAAAUAACCGAAAUUCUCCUUCAGAAAGCCCGCAGUCCCUUGCAGCUCCUCAGCCAGCGCCCAGGCGUUCUCUUCCUUCUGCCAGUUAGAGGCCACUUUCACUUUGCUUAGAGGGUGACAAUAGAAAGAAAAUGCGUAUCAGAAACCUGGAAUUUAAAAAUAAAAGUACAACUAGACAAAUUUUAAUUCUGUAAGAAAUAAUUAAUCAAAACACCCAUUUGUUUAAAUAUUUCAAUAUGAUCAUUAUUUUAAAGUAUGUAAUUAAACCUGAUGGCUUUCCAGCAAUGAAAAAAAAAAAAAUCCAGAAACCUAAAAUGCAAAAGAAAAGCUGAUUUUAGACCAUUUGAAGAUUUAAAUUGACCCCCCCUUCAUUCUAUCAUUUCUCUGAGUUUUUAUCAUAAAAGUUGUUUUAAAAUAACAAAACUUUUAACAAUGUAUCUGCUAUUUUAAUGUUUUAAAGGACAAUAUGAAUGCUUGUAGGUUCAAAGAAACUGGGGAAAGAAAAGUAGAUGAAGAAAUGCCAAUUUCAGUCCAAAAUUUUGUUUGCCAAGUUUCCUUAGAGUAGAUUUUACCAAGUUACGAAUUCUUGUAAAUAGAAACUAUAAUGGGAAAAGAGACUUUGCCUAUAGUGGCAUUAUUGGAUGCUGCUGUAAUGCUACUGUUAUGUAAUAAAUUAUUAAAUUGUUGCAAAAUGCUGUUUUGCCUUAAAUUUUUAUUUGUGUGUCUUGAAAACUAUAGUGUUAUAAAGGUAUUGAGAUUGUGCAAAUGCUGGGCACGCUUGGCAUGAAAUAAUCUUAUUUUUACAAAAUUGUGAUAUUACUAUGCAAAUGCGUUUAUUAAAAGGACACAAAUGACAUUAUUUGUAUUGUGUAUUUCUUUUGACACAUUCCUUUAAAACUUUUAAAUUAGUGAUGUAUACUCAUGACUAAAUAUCUUUGGAAUUUCUCUUUUUAAUGUAGUCUCUGGGUAAAUGGCAGCAAAUUGUUUUCUACCACAAAAGACAAAAGAAAUUUUUAAAUGGUCAAGGCCGGGGUAAUUUAAUCCAGGAUAAGCAUAUGUAUUUUGAAACUCAAAAACAUUUCAGUUCUAAUGUUAUUGCUGACAUAAAUAAAGUAAUGCAUCAUCUAGGAUGGUAGACUAUUAUGUAUCCAUAACUCGCACUACAAGUUUUUUUCUGAAAAGAUUGGAAGGUUUUACAAGAUACUGCUUAUUCUUAGUUGUUGCCAUGAAUGCUUGUGGGCAGUUUGAUUUAAGCACUGUUAGACUUAAGUGAACAAGCUUGUGGUUUUAAGCGCUUGGGUGAAGAGAAAUUGGGAUCAAAAUCCACCCCUCCACCAGUGCCUAGCAUAGUCAUCCUCUUUCCAGUAGGCCUUUCCUCUUCUCUGGAAAGUUCUUCAUUGAAUAUAUUGAGAAUUUGCAAAACAACAGGCAAAGAUGCUGGGUCCUGGAGAUACAAAGGUGAACAUUGGUUGGUCUGAGCCUUAGGUGAGGGGGUCAGAACCAUGAGCAGAUAAUUAUAAAGGAGUUGCACAGUGGUAGAUGUACUUGGUACAAGGAAGUACCAAGAGGAGUACCUAAUUGAACAUUAUCAUAGAUUGGUGACAGGAAAGAUUCCCCCAAGAAAGCAACUGCCACAUCCAAAAGAUGAUUUAGGCGAUGGAAGACAUGUAAAGAAACGCGGUGGAGAAACAGUGAGGCUGGAGGAGGGGCUGCAGUUCUCAGAUCAGUACAGCUAGAGCGGCAGUGCAGAACAGCAACUGAACAUUGAGGCUUGAGAGGCAGGCCGAGGGCUGACUUGGAGAUUCUGCAGCUUGGCUUUGCACUGGAAUCACGUGGGAAGCUUUAAAAAGCUGGCAGUGCCUGGGUCCUGCUCCACAUAGCCUAGGCAAGAAUCAGGAAUUCCUAAGGCUCUAACUUGGGUGACACCAAUGCAAUGAAGAAUCAAAGCUGGUGGAAGGUUUGAAUUUGGUUGUUAGUUCAAAGGCCUUGUGACACAGCAUCAGGUCUUCAUUAACUGGUAGAAUUCAUAGUGGUAGUUG